UUUUAAACAGGUCAGCAGCAAGUAAACAAUGUCAUACAUGUGAUAAAAAUGUAGGUUACCACACAAUAGCUCUGGCUGCGCUUUGAUCAGAAGAAAAGAUUAAUUCAGAACUUAAUGCUCAUGAAUAUUAAUGACCUCGCUGUCCGUCAUCGACGGCCACGCCCAGUCUGCUCCGGGUCUCUUUAAAGCGACAGGAAGUGCGAGCUGAGUUUCAGCCUCACAGAUUAUAGUGUUGUUCGGACCGCUGGCUGUUACAUGGGCUUUUCGACGACGGGGUGUAAAGGUCUUUAAGAAAACCGUCACAUGCCGUUACAGUGCACUCGUCUGUAAGCAGAGCGUGCUAUUUGUGAAUGUUAGUAUGAAUGGUAAGGUUGGGAAUGGAGCAGCGGGCGGUAUGCUGGCCUGUAUUGAGGGUCUGCCGCCGUUGCCCAAGAGCCUAAGCGGUCUGCUCAACUCCAGCGGCGGCUCGUGGAGAGAGAUGGAGAGGAUGUACGUGAAGAAGACCAUGAUCCAGGACGACUUGAGUCGAGGAAGGAAUAACACGGACAAUCUGCUGGCGAAUAAACCGGCAAACCUGGAUGCCGCCCUUGCUUUGCUCAGAAAAGAGAUGGUGGGUUUGAGGCAGCAGGACAUGUCCCUGCUCUGUCAGCUCUGGUCCCUUCACGAGUCCAUCCAGGAGUACAAGGGCAGCUGCCAGGACCUCUCCGCUGUGUCCAGCGCGGACGGACCCUACGGGAUGGAGAACGGCUAUUUCGACGAAGAUGAGGAAUAUUAUACCGAGUCCGGCAUGACGCCAGCCGAAACGCCAGAUGGAAACGACACAUCUCCUAAAAACGGGACAUCCAAAGACAGCUGGAUACACGACUCGUUCCAUAUCACGAUCUAAAACACUUGACUUUUAUUGUUUAACGAAAAAAAAAAGAAGCUGUGCCAUAAUUAAGUUUGCUGGCAUUGUUUAGGUUUACAGCAGACUCUUUCUAUAGGACAUAUAAUUGAGAAUUAUUAUUUAUUGUAUAAUAUUCUACAUAGUAUUUUUUUUUCCUGAUUUAAUCAACAUUGGAAAUUUUAUAAAAUCCUUUUUUUUUAAUAAGGGGAGAAGCAUGUCAUUUCAUAAUGAUGUUUACAGGAAAUCACGUUAAACUUGCGUUGAUGAAUUUAUAGACUUUUUUUUUUUUUGUUUUUGUUUGAUGCUUCACUUUCUCCGAGUCGAGAAAAGUCUUAUUUCUUGUCGAGCAGUCGCUCGCAGAACACCGGGGUUUGGUUGUUUUUUUUGCAAAUAUGAGUUCUGAACAUGCUGGAAAUGCUACUCGUUGUUUGCCGAAAUGUAAUCCAGGGUAUAACCAGCACAAAGAGCUUGUGGCAGCAUCACCGAAACGGUUUGCUCAAAUGCAUUACGUAUCGUGUAACUCAUUACGAACGUAUCCAUAAGUAAGUAAAUCCAUAACCGGCUCCGUAACAUUUCCAUAGCAUUUACUUCUCGCAUCGUGCAAACCUGUUCUAGAUCAUGUAUAGUAGAUGUUUUAUUUAUUUACUUAUAAUCGCUGCUUGGGUUCAGUCUUCCGUCUGUGCUUGAACUUCGUCUCGGUGCAUAUCGCGAGAGCGUCUCUUUUUGCUCGAGUGACUCUCAUAAGGUCACCUGUGUUCGUAACGUGAGAUGAUAAACUUUUGGCAAGUUAAGUGCCCGUUAAAUCGCGCGUGCGUACCACGGCAUGCCAUAAUGUAAGCGUUUUAAACCUUUUCUCGAUGCGUUGAUGAAUCGAAUGCCUUGGGAUUGAACACGCGUGCCGUUCUGGAUCAUCUAAUUGAUAAUCGCCGGAGCGUGUUUCCUCUAUAAGAAUAUUAAUAUCAGCCGAGAGAGAAUGUCUUCUACCUCUGUUGUGUUUGAGCUCGCACCAGCAGACACAGACAAGUGGCUAUUUUGAAUUCCCAGCAUUUACGCCAAUCCCGAUUCUUCCAAUGUAUUUAAUUCUGAGAGAGAGAAAAAAAAAUGAAAUGUUAUGCAACCGGCUUAAGGUGCUUUUACCAAAAUCGGCACUGACCUUCACACAACGUGCCUUGACGCACCUUGGUUUUGAACCUGGGUGUUUUUUGCCGUCUCUUGUUAUCGUUUCGUAUCAACACCCGGCGUCUUCAUGCAUCCAUUUCGGUCCCUCUCAUUAACAGAAGAAGGUUCCACCCAGAAAAUGUCUGCUCGCCACCCAUCUCAUUAUCUUCUACCCUGCGGGGAUUCAUUGCUGUGAUCCUGCUCGGAAAUUCCCACUCGGUUUUCGUGAUCUGCGUAGAAGCCGGUGAAAGUGAUUUUUGGCCUGUUUGAUCUCUGUGGACGGUCGUGAAGCGGCUUCUGCAGUUUUGCAUUCGAAAGAUGCUAAAUGACGUGGUUAGAUCCUUUUGUAUGUUCUGUUACGUGUGUUAGCGAUAUAAAAUAAAUGUAACGACGUAUGGUCCGUCUGGGUUUUAUGUCACUUUAGAAUUUUAGCGUUCAAAUUCAAUAUAUUUAUUCAAUAUAAAAAUAUCAGCAUAUAAAUGCUUUUGCUUCUGUCAAACGAUUAAUUGCAUCCGAAAUAAAGGUUUUUUUUGCAUAA